UUUUCGGAUUUGAGCUUUCUACAUAUCACUUCUAUAUAUUUCAUAUCACUAACAAUGGAAUCUACCUUGUAGGUUGUUCAUGACAACCGAAAAUUAAAGUGAUUGAAAGAGAGGGAGACAAAAAAAAAAUCAAAAAGGAAAAAACAAGAAAAAAACAUUAUGGCGAAAGGACAACAAUUAGAAGUGCUAAAUGCACUUGAUGUGGCAAAAACACAAUGGUACCAUUUCACAGCAAUUGUCAUUGCUGGUAUGGGCUUUUUCACAGAUGCCUACGACUUGUUUUGCAUCUCCCUGGUGACAAAACUUGGUCGCUUAUACUACACUGAAGUAGGAUCAAAGAAGCCAGGGGCAUUGCCUAUCAAUGUAGCAGCUGCUGUGAGUGGAGUUGCCCUUUGUGGGACUCUAGCUGGCCAACUAUUCUUUGGUUGGUUGGGAGACAAGAUGGGGAGGAAAAAGGUGUAUGGUAUCACCUUGAUCAUGAUGGUUUUCACAUCCAUUGCCUCCGGUCUUUCCUUCGGAAGCAGCGCUAAAGGGGUCAUGACCACCCUUUGCUUCUUUCGUUUCUGGCUUGGGUUUGGUGUUGGAGGAGACUACCCACUUUCCGCCACCAUCAUGUCUGAGUAUGCUAACAAGAAGACCCGUGGAAGCUUCAUCGCUGCUGUCUUUGCCAUGCAAGGCAUGGGUAUCUUGGCUGGUGGGAUAGUUUCCUUAAUAGUUGCAACCGCGUUCGAGAACAAAUUCAAGCCUCCCCCUUUCAAAGUCGACCCUGUGGCCUCCCUCCCACCGGAGUCAGACUACAUGUGGCGUAUUGUGUUGAUGUUUGGAGCCUUCCCUGCUGCUGCGACAUACUAUUGGCGUAUGCAGAUGCCCGAGACUGCUAGGUACACUGCCUUGGUUGCGAAGAAUGCCAAGCAGGCUGCUGCUGACAUGUCGAAGGUUCUGAAGGUUCAAAUUGAUGCCGAAGAGGAGAAGGUUGAAAAAAUUGGAAAAAGUUCUAACCAAUCAUUCGGGUUGUUCACUGCCCAAUUUGCUCGUCAGUAUGGCAUUCGCCUCUUAGGAACAACCAGUACCUGGUUUUUACUUGACAUUGCGUUCUACAGUCAGAACCUUUUCCAGAAGGACCUUUUCACCUCUAUUGGAUGGAUUCCACCUGCGGCUGAUAUGAAUGCUAUCAGAGAGGUGUAUAUGAUAGCUAGAGCUCAAACUCUAAUCGCUCUUUGUGGAACCGUCCCUGGAUAUUGGUUCACCGUCGCUUUCAUAGACGUAAUUGGACGAUGGUGGAUCCAAAUGAUGGGAUUCUUUUUCAUGACUGUUUUCAUGCUUGCCAUUGCCUUCCCUUACCAUCAUUGGCAGCAAAAGGAGAAUCGUAUUGGGUUCAUCAUCAUGUAUGGGCUCACCUUCUUCUUUGCCAACUUUGGUCCUAAUGCCACUACUUUCGUGGUGCCUGCUGAGGUCUUCCCGGCUAGGUUAAGGUCCACUUGCCAUGGUAUAUCUGCAGCAACUGGAAAAGCUGGUGCCAUCAUUGGAGCCUUUGGAUUUGUUUACGCGUCACAAGAUCCGGAUCCGGCCAAGAGAGAUCACGGUUAUCCAGCUGGUAUUGGGAAGAAGAACUCCCUUUUUGUGCUUAGUGUCAUCAACUUCCUUGGUAUGGUUUGCACAUUAUUUGUACCCGAGUCUAUGGGUAAAUCUCUAGAAGAACUAGCUGGUGAAGUGGAAGUCGAUGAAGUUGAGGAUGACAACCAUAAGGGUUCAGCUUGA